UGGAGCCUUGUCUUAUUUCUACAGAGAACAUGAAUGAGAUGAAGAUCGCUGUACUGGGCAGCGAAGGCGUCGGGAAAUCAGCUCUGAUCGUCCGUUUCCUCACGCGGCGUUUUAUUGGCGAGUAUGCGUCUUCUUCAGAGUGCAUGUACAGCAAGCGUCUGUCUGUGAAUGGGAGGCAGAUUAGUCUGGAGCUCUAUGAGCCCUGCUCUCAGGCCUGUGAUGGCAAGUCUACCUUAAAUGACCAGAUCCACUGGGCUGACGGUUUCAUUGUGGUCUAUGAUAUCAGUGACCACUCCUCCUUCCUCACUGCCAAAGCCAUUGUACACCUAAUCAGAGAUCUACAGCUGGGAACUGCCAAAAGGGACGUGGAGUCUAUUAUAUUUCUGGUGGGCAACAAACAGGACCUGUGCCACAUGAGAGAGGUACGGCAUGAAGAAGGUCAGUGUCUGGCUGUCGAAUCUCACUGCCAGUUCUACGAGCUGUCGGCGGCUGAGCAUUACCAGGAGGUGGCAAUCAUAUUCUCCAAGAUGGUGCACAACGCCAGCAUGGGCAGCAAAGCCAAGGAGCGUAGGAGACGCCCCAGUGGCUCUAAGUCAAUGGCCAAACUCAUCAACAACGUCUUUGGCAAGAGGAGGAAAUCAGUGUGA